GGGGUCCUGUCAUUGUUGACCGAUUUUUCUCCUUCAAAUGACUGCGGGUGCUGCCUCCAACAAAUCAGGCGUGGUGUCUGAAGCUCAGAGAUGCAAGUUGAUCCAUGCGGAAUAUAAUGCUUGCAUGGCUAAGUGUAAUGGUAACCCUUCGAGAUGCAGUAAGCAGGAGCAGGCCUUAAGGCAGUGCGGAGAGAGUCUCGGCAUCAACUAUUGCAUCCAGGAAGGCAUCGAUCUCAUGCAGUGUGCCAAGUCCCCUACCCAAGAUGGCUGUGCUAAGCAGUUCAUCAAAAUGAGAGAGUGCAAUCGUCCUAGCGGAGCGGAGCUGACUGUCUCCCAAGCCGGGGGCUAUGCCAUUGGCGGUACUGAUUCUGCCAAAUCUCGCUAUUUGAGAGGCGCGGAGAAGCUGUUGGGUGGUAGACCACCUCAGAGGACUGCGGCACAGCUUUCGGCGGCCUGCGAGGCUUAUGCCGAGGCCAAUGGUAUCGGCGAACAGAAGAAUACUCGGUUCUAAGGUUAGUGUAUCACUCUGAUAUCUAUGCCAAAUAUAGGACGGUCCAGGCUGUGGUUGAUAUUGAUAUACGUUUCUAGCGUGUUG